GUCAGUCCGCAUCCACGGCGAGAGUGUAGCUUAGUCUCCAGAAAUGGCUCUGUGCAGCACAACCCAAGCUCUCUCGAGCUUUCCCAAAUGUUGCCACGACAGAGUCCUCGCUACAAAUCCUACACGCCUCAGACCCUCUCUGCCUCUGAGGCCAAUCCCACUCUCUCGCACCGCCGGGGGCCUCCACUCCCGUACGUUCUCCAUCCUUUACAUUUGGUACCGAAUCAACACGAAACCCUAGGGUUGCUUUUUACCAGUUCAUUGCCAAGAGCAACAACGUCUGAAGAAACUUCGAGUGGAGCAAACCGGUACGCUAGUGAAGAACGCGACGGUGUAGUGACCCUGGAAGAUACUCCACCGGCUGAGAAGAAGAUAUUCGGUGAAACUGUGGUAGCAGAAGUAGCUGAAGUGGAGUCUCCUGGGGAUGAGCAAACGCAGUCGUUUGAGCUUUUGGAUAAGCUUAAUAUAAAGUUUGACUCGGAUGAUACAUAUAAUGUUCUGUUAUAUGGUGGUGGUGCGUUGGUUGCAGUGUGGUUUUCAUCGGUCAUUGUCAGCACCAUUGAUUCUAUUCCAUUGUUUCCCAAGCUGAUGGAAGUUGUGGGCCUUGGCUACACAUUCUGGUUCAGCUAUCGGUAUCUAAUCUUUAAGAAAAAUAGGGAAGAGUUGGCUACUAAAAUUGAAGAGCUUAAGCAACAGGUUAUUGGAUCAGAUGAUGAUUGAUAAAGAGCAGUCACUAGAUCUUGCUCUGUUUUCUAGUGAAGGCAAUAUAUGUUUCUUUUUCGGUCGCCAUAGAAAUGUAGACUGGUUAUACAUUUGACAUGUGAGUAAAUAUGUUUAAUUUUUCUA